AUGAGGUCUCCUUUCAAUAAACUCAAAGGAAUUGCUCAUUUAAAAAUUAAAUCCUCUCAGAACGUGAAUUCCAAGAAACUCCACGCCAUUCCUUCUUCCCAAAUCUUUCACCGGAGGUCAGUUCUGUCUUCCCUACUUGAUCUAUUUUUUAUCCAGUAAGUUCCAAAAUGGCGUCAGGAAACUACGACGGCGACGAUUAUCUUUUCAAAGCGUACAAUGAAACGCUAAGUUUGUGUUCUUUUUAUCAAAAAUUUGACUUUUAUUCAAAAAUUUCGGAUGAAGCUUGCCGUGCGGACUCCGAAAACAUGCUUGAAAUUCCUCAAAAACUCAAUUUUUUCGAGAAAAUCUUUCAAACUUCAAUAAAUCAUACAGUUUAGGCCAGUUUUGACUUUUUCAAAGAUCAUCACGAGAAAAAGAUGAACAUUUGGCAGUCAAAAUUUAAAAAACCGAUUUUUCGCCACCUUUCAAGCCAGUUUUUCUCAGAAACUAGAAAGUCAUGUAGAUUUUCCAAAUACAUCAACUAGUUCCAUCAUUGUUAACUCCUAAAAGCGAUUUCCUACUGUCGUAUGCCUUUAAAAUAACCAAAAAAUGUCUUCUAAGGAUCCGUCCAUGCGACCAAAUCGCAAUAUCAACUCGCCGAGCUCAACAGAAAACCCGUGGACCCCGCCGAACUCAAGCCAGUUCGCUCAACAUUAUUGUUACAACAGAAAUAUUAAAAAAUAUCAAGGUCGUGUCGGAAUACGUGCUUCGUGAGCUGCAGGUGCAGCACGAAAAAGAGCGGAACUUUUCGAAAGACGCACCGAACCGCCCGUUUUUGGUUGGGCUCCCGAUUUCCGCCAAGCAACUUAGGUAGCUCUUUUAAAUCGUAUGAAAAAAUGGCUCGGAAAGUAAUCUUUCUGCGCUCCGUUGAUAAUUUACAACACAAGUAUAGCUGAUUCACGGUUGGCUUGAGCCAUUUAGAAAAGGGUCCUGGCACGAUAGGAAAAGAGGCAGUGUCAGGCUGGUGGAGAGCGAAGACAGGCCACGCCCUCUUAACGUCCCAUGCUUGUCGUGAAUCGGCUAUAGAUUCAAAUCGGACCUCGGUAACGUUUCUGAGCACUUCUAGAAAUCACUUUAGCGGCUUCUCUUAAGUGAUCCCUGGAAUUGCUCAGAAACGUCAGAUUAAUCGCGAUUGCCGAGUUUAGUUAUUUGGAGACUAUUGGUCCAAUCUUGUUGGUUAUUUUUUGAGUAUCGAAGAUUUUUAUAGCAUUAGAAUGUCUAUUUGAAGAAGGCGGAGCUUGACAUUUUAUUUAAAAAAAUAUUUUUUUUUAAAUUUUUUUUUCUGAUCGCUUCAGAUCAUGAAAUGGUCAAGGAGACGUUGACUAUUUUCCAAGCAGCUUUAAUAUCUCCUAUUAUUUUCUUUUUAUAGAAGCCAAGUAGACUCGCUGGACAACGGAGUCUACGUGCCGAAGAUCAUCGACGGCAAACUGUACUUCUUGACCCAAGGCGAAGAAGACACGAGAACCGCCAUGUCGAACACGGACAGCAGCCGUUCUCCGAUCCAGCCGGUUAGUUAUUCAUUUUCCCAUUUUUCUUGACGUCUGCGUGCGUUUUUGAGAAGAAUCAAAAUCUCCUGUGCCGCAUUUUCAAGCCAAAAAAACCUUAUUCUUCAUGUUUCAGCAAUACGACCAACCCAACUCGACCAUCAGAGGCGCUUCCUUCACUUACCAACAGCUGGUUCGGCUUUUGGGUCCCUCGACUUGCGAACGUCUUGAGAGACAGUUUGCGGUGGGAUUCUUAUCAGAAAGCUGUUGUUGAUCUCGGACUUCAGAGGGAAAACGCUCUUUCCGAUGCUGAGCUGGCGUGUCUGAAGACGGCCCUGGAGACGAACUCCGCUAUCAAUACUGCUGUAGAUAAUGGCACCCGCAGCAGUGUCAGGUGCUUUUAAAUAUAAUUUUACCUUUUAUCUCUAGAUUCACCAAGAAUAAGACCUCUUCGACUUUCAGCAAUGCCUCAAUCGCCAAAAGCUCUGCCUCAACCUCGAUCUCAGGCCUGAGCACGCGGACUGCAGACGACGGUCGGACUUCUCGGACCGCCAUCAGUCCUGGCGAAAGCGUGGCCACCACCAGCGUCUACACAGCCGCCUCGAGGGAGCCCGACCUCUACACGGUCCAUACGGCGAGGGGCAGGUCUUCUGCCAGCAACUACAGCGUCUACACAGCCACGACUCCUGAGCCGAACCUUCUGUCGGUCAGGACCGGCCGUCAAAACUCUCUCGGCAGCUCCAGAAGCCCAGCUGUCUACACGGCGACGUCUCCCGAACCCAAUCUCCUAUCCACCAGAACCGCCAAUCUGAACAGCUCCAGAAGCCCGGCAGUUUUUACCGCGACCUCAUCGGAGACGAAUCCCUUAUCAUUCCCAACGGUACAUCGGAGCCGCUCCAGAACCUCUGACGUCAAGACGGCGAGGGGCGCUUCCAGCAACACCAGCGUUUACACGGCCACCACUCCGGAACCGAACCUUUUGUCGGUCAGGACCGCCUAUCAGAACACUGAGAGAAGCUUCCGAAGCCCGGCUGUCCACACCGCCAGGGGAACUACUCCAAGAUCUCGCUUCGACGUUUCUGUUUACACCGCCACGUCCCCCGAACCCAAUCUCCUGUCGGUCAGAACUGCCAAUUCCGGAGGCACCUCUCCAGCUGUCUUUACCGCCCAAGGAGCAGCUCCCAGAGCUCGCUUCGGUAGUUUCAUCUCUCCAAAUGUCCACACUGCUCGCGGAACGACUCCCAGAUCCCGUUUUGACCGUUCCAUCUCUCCAGCCGUCCACACCGCCACUUCUCCUGAGCCUAACCUUCUUUCGGUCAGAACGGCCAAUGCCAGGACUCCGACUUCGAGUUCGACUUCUCCAGCAGUCUUCACUGCCCAAGGAGCGAGUCCUAGACGUCGCUUCAGUAGUGCUACCUCUCUAGACGUCCACACCGCCACGUCUCCUGAGCCGAACCUUCUCUCUGUCAGAACUGCAAACGCUAGAACUCCGAACUCCAGAAGCACCUCUCCAGCUGUUUCCACCGCCAGAGGAGCGACGUUGAGGUCUCGCUUCGGAAGUUCCGUCCACACUGCGACGUCUCCCGAGCCGAAUCUCCUUACGGUCAGAACCGCCCAGGGAGUCACUCCAAGAUCCCGCAUCCGAAGCGGCGUUUCCCCGGCCGUCAGUACGGCCAGAAGCAGCCAUUCGGAGUCUAGCGACGUCAACACCUGCCUCGAGAUCGAAGACGAGCCGACUUCUGGAGUCGUCACCGCCCUCGACAUUGAUUCGCAGAAAACGGCUCUGGUCAUUUCCGAGGAUGGGGCCAGGAACGAACGCGAGCCGGACUCGAUUACUCGUCGCGCUCUCAUCGAAAACUAACCCUACUUUUGGUUCGUUAUUUAUCAUUCUCUCAAGAUCAACAUAACUUCAAAAUUUGUAUUCUAUUUAUUAAAGUUUAAAAGAACAGGAAGAAACCUAAAAAUUGUGAAAUUUUCAGUCAGAAAAGCUGAUUUUAAAAACAUACAAAACCAAAAUUUUGUCUCAUAACGAAUAUUUUUAGGCUCCGCUCCGCUCAUCUAA